GGCUAUAAUUAGCUGCCUCCCCCUGUGUCUCCCUCUGUCACACAAGCCGGCCGCACAGACUCUUAGUAGUCACCCCAAACUCUCAGCAGGAGUAGAUUCCAGACAGGCAGCAUGAGGAAAGCAGUCAUGGACCUCCUGUAUUGGCGAGACAUCGCUCUUUCUGCCGGCUGUCUCACCGGACUAACCCUGUGCCUGCUGUGUCUCAUUCAGUACAGUGUGAUCAGCGUUAUCUCGUACGCCUGUCUCCUCCUCCUAAGUGCGACGUUCACAGUUUGGGUUUACAGUAAACUUCUGCACACAAUCAAAAAAGGAGAUGGAGUGAACCCUUUCCAGAAGUACCUGGAUGCGGAGCCCAUACUCCCGGAGCAGCAGGUGGAGGCAGUCACUGCGCGCCUUGUGGUUCUAUCCCUGAGCGCACUCUCCACGUUCCGCCGCCUGUUCCUGGUGCAGGACACAAAGGAGUCACUGAAGUUCCUCGUUCUCCUCUACCUCUUCACGUAUGUCGGAGCCGUGGUCAACGGACUCACCCUGUUACUCCUGGGUGUAAUUGGAAUAUUCACAUUUCCUGUCAUGUACAAACACAACCAGGCGCUGGUGGAUCACUAUCUCUCACUCAUCACCAAUCGGGUGGCAGCGAUUAGAUCCAAAUUUCGAGCUCAGCUGAGGAAACAGGGAACUAAGAAGGACUAAUAAGUAAUAACCGUUCUCAGCCGUUCCUUCCAUGCGGUGCCAGGCUUAGUAGUGGUCAUUAUACGCCCGCCGUCCGUCCGUCCGUCCGUCCACAGCGGUCUGAGGGACACAGAGUCCUUAGUAUAAGAAUGAGCACAUCACAAUGUUACAUAAUAAAAUAACGACACAACACGUAAUCAUUCAGUUUUCUGGACAAUAAAUGUUUUUUUCAAUU